GACCAAUGCGGUUAGUCUAUAACACACUCAACCGACCUUGCUGACUAGCGAGCUAGCUGCCGACACUGCUCCAGCUGAGAGGAAGCGACCGAAGGAAAGCAGGACAGAUGAGAUUCAGGACUCAGAAUAAAGUGAGUUUAUGGGUGACAUGUAUCUAUCUAAUCUUUUGAUAUUAUGUUAAGAGUUGUGGACGUGUAGCUCAAAGUUUAGCCGCUUAGACUGACAGUUUACAGCAGUAGUUUAGGUGUCUGAUUCUCAUUACCCAGACCUGUCAGUGUGCUAAAGCUAAAACAAGAGCUUCCUCUUCUUAUUAUUAGCCACUCAGUAUUUUUUAACCAUUACAGGCUUUAAAAACGUUUAAAUUAAAAGCAAAUGGGAAAGACGUACCCAAAAGGAGCCCUGUCUAUCCAGUACAGCUUGCUUUUUUCCUUACAUAUUGUUGUAGUAUUUACAUUUUAAUGUCAUUUGUCAUGUACAGAUGUGUUGGAGCCGAGCCCUCCUCACCGGUUCAGCUUUGCUGCUGGUCCAGCUGCUGUGUGUGGAGGCUGUGCCCAUCAGUGUUGACAAGACAAAGGUCAAAGAGGAGGAGAAGAAAAAUGAGGAGCCACCAGCCAGUGUGGUAAAAAGAUACACCAUACACUGACUAUUCUCUGAAUACAUAGAUUGCGAAUUAAUCCUUUGUUUUACAGUCAUAGGGAGCUAUAAUAUCAUUUCUGUACCUGUACAGAUUAAAUAUAACUUUAAUAAAGUAAAGCUGUUGUCUGCCUUUAGUAAAGCAGUAUAAAUUUAACAGGAUUUGAUCAAUGUGAAAUCCCACAAAUCCCACAUAUUCACUCUUUACAGUCUCUGGACUUUGCAAGUGUUUUCUCUGUUUUGUAUUUCAUACUUUUUCAACAACAGCUCAAGAUGUUGUAGCUUUGUAGAGUGUAGGGCUUAAAGGGAUCUUACUAUAUAACACCGAGUUAGACACCCCCUCAAGAGAUGAAUGUUGCUGACCGCUUGCUUCUCUAGUUAUACCAACUUUAGUAACGACCACACGAUAGCAAUACACAGCGGUCUGAGGAGCCAUUAACAAACCUCAACCAAAACACCACUCUAUAGCCACAAAUAAUGCUCAGAACAGCACCUAACUUCAUCAACAGUACGUAUAGGGUCCCAGCCAUAGUACUAGCCACCAAACAUCUUUUAAACUUUGCCUUAUUUCUUUAGCAAAGAGACGAAACACAACUCACCUACUCUCUUUCAGCAGCCGCUAGUUUGUAGCGAGACCUCGGGCCAAUCAAUUACGGACUACAGCGGGGUUUCGCAGCUCAAGGAAGAACAUUUAUGAUCAUUUCUUCAUGGAAAUGCAAUCAGACCGAGACGCUAAGGCAGAAGAACUACUGCGUCUGCAGUGCAAAAUGAUUAAUAUGGUGAUUAUUACUUCAAGGAAAUGAUAACGUAAUGAUCAUUAAUUUUCUUCCUUGAGCUGCGUCACCCGCUGCAGUCCGUAAUGGACUGAUCAAGGUCUCGCUACAAACAAGCGGCUGCUGGAAGAGAGUAGGUGAGUUGUGUUGGGACCCUCUAUGUACUGUUGAUGAAGUUAUGUGCUGUUCUGAGCAUUUUUUGUGGCUAUAGAGUGUAUUUUUGGUUGAGGUUUGUUUAUGGCUCCUCAGACUGCUGUGUAUUGCUAUUGUGCGGUCGUUACUAAAGUUGGUAUAACUAGACAAGCAAGCAGUCGGCAACAUUCAUCUCUCAACUCGGUGUUACAGUGUCUUUUGACCCUGAAUGAAUUUUACGCCAGAAUAUUGGGUGUUCCAGUUGAAUAUUGACUUAAUAGCCAAACAAGGUGAGGAAUCUGUAUGACCAGUAAAAAGCUUUCAGUACAUCAGAAUUCUCACUUAUUUAACGUGUCAUCUAAUUUGUGAUUAUUACAGGACACUGGACUCCACUACGAUCGCUACCUCAGAGAGGUCAUUGAUUUCCUUGAGAAAGACCAGCACUUCAGAGAAAAGCUCCAUAACACAGACAUGGAGGACAUAAAGGUAUUCUGCUUUUCUCUGAUUUUUUCUCAUCAUACUGAAGAUUACUCCAACUCUUCAGAACUUUAUCUCAGUUUUACUAAAUAGUCUACUGAAAAAUUAAGUAACUGUGAUAAAAUAUUAACUGAUGUAUAAUAUUCAGAACCAGCACAUCUUAAAAUGCACUGUUUCAUGUAAAAUACAGCAAGGGAAGCUGGCGAAAGAGCUGGACUUUGUCAGCCAUCAUGUGAGAACCAAACUGGAUGAGUUGAAGAGACAGGAGGUCAACAGACUGCGAACUCUGAUCAAAGCCAAGCAGGACAUAGAAGGAGGAAAUGGUAUGUGAUAUAAAAACAAAUUUCUACUUAAUCAAAUUUUUUUUGUGUUCUACUGUAAGCAUGAGAGGAAAAUUCUUCAUCAAAAAUCUGUACGUAUAUUUUCAUAAUUAUGCCAUUUAUUGCUCCUUGUGUAGACAUUGCUGUGGACCACCAGGCUCUGCUAAAACAGUUUGAGUAUUUGAACCACAUGAACCCACAUACGUUUGAGGUGGAUGACCUGGAUCGACUCAUCAAAUCGGUAAAUUACUUCCUUACACAAAUCAAAUACAUGUUUCUACUGAGUGAUAAGUGAACAAACACAGAAAAAAGGAAACAGUACAGAGCUGUUGAGUCUUUGUGUAGUGCUGUUGUUGUGAGAGCUUGGAGAUUAAAUCAAGACUAAAAGUUUCUAUUUCCUUAAAAUUGUGGACAGUAAUACUCCAAGAGCGGUUGUAGCUGCCAAGAUCUGCAGUGUUAUAAUGGGAACAGCUAAUCUCAUUUGACCUCUUUUCAUUAGCAGCUUAAUUGUCAAGAGAUUUUCAUUUACAGUAGUAGAUUAAUUUAGACCUGCUCUUUUCCUCAAGUAAAAUUCCAGCACAGGUAUGCUAGGUCGUAAUGGUACAUAGAUUGUUCUUACAUAAUGCUAAUUUAGUCUCAAGACCUCUGAAAUGUUGUCAUGUUACAUGUCACAUUUACUUAUUUACUUUUAUACAGUUUAUUCACACACUGAUGGCAGAGGAUGCAAGUUUAUUUUGUUUGUGGUGUCAGUGAAACUGUUGUGAGAAAUUAGUAGCUGACGAUGUUAUACUGGACAGAAUUAUUGUCAGAGGUAGGGUGACCAUAUUCUGACUUUCCCAAAAAGAGGACACGGCUACGCGGCGUUGUCACGGAGUCGCAUGAAGUUAAUUUUGAGAGUUUUUUGGGUCAGCUUGAAUGUCUUUUACGCGCUUCUAACUUAGUAAGUCCACAUGACACAAACUUGAAACUUCUGUACAAAACUGCGGACAUUUGAAAGAUUUUAUAAACUUCCCCGAACAAUGACAGACAAGCCUAAUCAGUCCCCAAAAAAGAGGACAUGUCCGGGUAAAAGAGGAUGUAUGGACAGCCUAAUCAGAAGUGUUUUUGAUACUCUACUCGGUUAUUUAAGGCUGGUGUACUGUAUUGCAGACGAACCCUAAUAAAGACAGUGCAUGCGCAGAUAUCUCUGUCUGAGAAUGUCAUGCACAAACUAUUUAGAGCAGUUGUUUGCAAAGGAACUACAACUUUGGGAAAAGGAAGUCUGUUUGAUUAUCUGAGUACUGCACUCACAGCUUUUUAGCAUGGAUGUCUUCAGUUGUUGCCUUGUGGUUUCUGACACAGUUUUGAUGUGCACAACUAAACCAAAAGGCCAAACAGGCUCAGCAAGUGGCAUAUUUAAGCAGGAUAUACUAGAUUAUAGUCCCCCUGAAGCAAAUGAUACAUGCUGUACAACCUGCAGAAGUGUCAUACCAGUGUGAACGAUCAUACAGUAACUUUGCUCAGUAGUUAUAGAGAUAAUAUCCACUGUGAUGAUGGGUUGCCUGUCUGAAGUACAUGUAAAAUCUUGACAUGUUGGUUUUUUUUACCAGUGUGGGAAGGUUACAUUGUAAAAUCUCUAUUUUUUGUUCUUGAUCCAGCACACAUGCAGUAUUUCCAGAAGAGCUUUCAGCACAAGCAAAUAGAGAACCCUCAUUACUUUUUACAUUGCUCUAAAUUUACUGUUAAUUUAACGUCCUGCCCUUUUUAAAUUUUUUAUAUGUCUUGUGUUUAAGGCCACGAAAGAUCUGGAGAACUACGACAAAGAGAGGCACGAUGAGUUCAAGAGGUAUGAAAUGAUGAAAGAACACGACAGACGGGAACACCUGAAAACACUCAGCGAGGAUGAAAGGAAGAAAGAGGAGGAGCACUACGAGGAGAUGAAGAAGAAGCAUGCUGACCACCCCAAAGUCAACCACCCGGUGAGCCUACUUUAGAGUCACUAAACAUCACGCACUUGAUGUGGUUUCUGUAAGCCAGGGAAAAGGAUAUACUUAAUGUCCUUCAUACUUUUGUGAUCAUUGUUUAAAAUCUUUAUUAUUGUGUUUUAGAAGUAUAAUGGGAACUUAUGCCUUCACCUUGCAGGGUAGCCAGAAUCAACUGAAGGAGGUUUGGGAGGAAGCUGAUGGCUUGGACCCUGAAGAUUUUGACCCCAAGACAUUUUUUAACCUUCACGGUAAGACCUUCGGGAUAAUGAAGGAACAAUGUCUGUCUGUUCAGUAAAAAAUCUGUAUUUUGUUAAUUAUUUUUCGUCAUAAUUUCAAACUAUACUUGACUAAAUAACCAAGUUUUUAUGAUGCAGACACCAAUGGAGAUGGCUUUUUCGAUGAACAGGAGCUGGAGGCAUUAUUCACCAAAGAGGUACAGCCUAUUUGUCUUAAAAUGAGUAAUGUUUGAGUGAAUGGUCUUUGCACUGACUGUUUGUCACUUCGAUUUCAGCUGGAAAAAAUUUAUGACCCCACCAACGAGGAGGAUGAUAUGGUGGAGAUGGAGGAAGAGAGGCUUCGUAUGAGAGAGCAUGUCAUGAAUGAGGUACAGUAAGUUAAUCUCAGGGCCCUCCCAUGAACUCUGUGCUUUAACAUGCUCAUAAAUAAAGCCCUCCAUCUGUUGUUUGUUGCAUUGACUACAUUCAUGAAUAUAAAAUCAAUCUCUUUGCACAAGCGUCUUUAUUCCUGUCUUUGUCACACUUUAGGUGGAUUCCAACAAAGACAGGCUGGUCUCUUUAGAAGAGUUCCUGAUCGCCACCAAGAAAAAAGAAUUCCUGGAGCCAGAUAGCUGGGAGGUGAGAUAAUGUGUUUGUCAUAUGUAUGGUAUUUAAGAAUCAUACUAAAACAAUUUUGCCAGCAGAAGUUUUAUGAAUCCUCUCAUAUCCAUUUUGUGUUUCUCAGACCUUGGAGCAGAAUCAGGCUUACACAGACGAGGAGAUGAGGGAGUUUGAGGAGCAUCUUGCUCAGCAGGAACAGGACCUUCACCUGAAGGCUGUUGACCUCCAGAAACAGAGAGACGAGUUAGAGAGACAACAGGAGCAGCUUAACGCACAGAAAAUAGAGCUGCAACAGGUAAGGAGUGGAUCACUGUCAUUGGAAAACUAUAAUAAAAGCAAGGUUUGCUUCAGGGGUUUGAUUGGAAAACUAUAAUAAAAGCAAUAAAUUUAGGGCAAUAAUACGGAAGAGGAUUAGGGCCACUGGGAAAAAAAGGGUCUGAUAUAAUUCUUUUAAAAUUAUUUUUCUGAGAAAAAAAAGUCUGAAUUCUAAGAUUAAAGUCAAAAUUCUGAAUGUAAACUCAGAAUUCUGACUUUAAUCUCAGAAUAAUAGUUUAAAAAAUUAUAUUAAACCUUUUUUUUCCAGUGGCCCUAAUCCUCUUCUGUACAAUAAAGUUGUUAGAAAGCACAGAUUUUUGUGGUGUCUAUUGUUAAAUUUUGUUUUAAAAAAUCCCAUCACUUUCCAGUAUAACAUAAAAUGUCUGCAUCUUGAUUGUUGCAGGCAGUUGAGCACAUGGAACGUCUGAAAUCACAGAAGGUUGAACCUCCUCCAGAGGUUCACGGUAAGUGUGGAUUGUUGUGUCUUUGGGUUUGUCUUUUUUUACAGUCAUACAUCACAGGCAGAUCUGAAAAAAUAAAACUGACACUCUGUUACAGUUGAAGGAAAUGCUGUCCCAGAGAUACAUGCAGCUGAUAUCGAGUUACAUCCUGAACAAGUGGCUCAACAAGCACAUCAACCUGUGCCCCCAGCUCAUCAAGAUAUACCUCAGGAACACCAUGAACCCCAACACCAAGACCUGGCUCAACAAGGUCUUCCACAAACACACCAGGAUUUGCCCCCAGGACACCAAGAAGCACCACAAGGCCUAAAUAACCUGCCAUAACAGAACUAUAUGAACUCCCACAACCGGACUUUUGCAGCAGCUCCACCUCAGCGUGCAGAGGGGCGGUCCUCUCUGAGUAUUAGACCUCAUGCGCAGCAUGACUUCGCGGUUUGGAGGACGGUUGAAUGAAAGCGAGCAGAACAAAAGGAAUCCCUGUAGAAUGACUGUAAUCCUUGGAUUACGUAACAACAUCUCAAUAAUAAAACAAACAAUCAAGGAUCAACAUUUCAACCUGUGCAAACUUUGACAAGCAAUGAAAAGAGAACGUUUGGUAAAGCAGUAAUACAAAAGAAACUGAAUUUUGUUGAGCUGUCUUUACCUGCUGUUGGAAGUACUGAACCUUUCUAGAUGACAAGCUACUGUCUGUGUUAGGCUUUCAAAGGGAGUAAGGUGUGCAGAGCAAGUUUGAUUUCUUCAUUUUGACUUUGAUUUUCAGACCAGACUGUAAGGAUACCCCUCAAAUCCUGAAAAAAAUGAGAUAAAUUUAUACGUUUGUGAUGAAAUGAAUUUCCCUGGACAUCAAACAUUUAAAAAAACAUUUUUUUUUAAUCACAGGGUUCAGAAAAUUUUUACAAUGAGAAUCCGUCAGCAUACAGAGAUCUGAUGCUCUGAGAACUAUUUACUUUUAAUAUAAGGACUGGAUGUCGACAGGUUUCCAUUAAGUCAUUUAAAUCCAACCUAAAUUUGAUCUCCUGUCAUAUUCAGCUGUUACUGUACGCAAAGUUGAUUUUUUUACAAUAUUUUCUUUUCACCACAAACACCACCAUAAACCCGGGUCACUCAGUGACCCUUUACUGCAGUCAAAUUAGGGAUCAUAUACUAUUUCUUUAUUGAUCAUGGUUGCUGUCAUACUUUGUAGCUGUUUACACCUGAUCUGUAGAAUGCCUCUGCGUAAAAAGUCGUGGACACAAGAUUACAGCAACGGGCCAAGUGUUGGCCAUCUUGCAGCUGAUCUCUACUGACCUUGAUGGCUUUAUUUUUUUUUUAAACCAUGUCAUUAAUUUUGAUUAAAAAUAACAUGGGAGGUAUGGAAAAUCUUUUUUCAACAAACUUUAAUCUCCUCUUAAAUACCACUGAAGUCCAAAACUUUUUAAGCCGGAGUUGGCUGACUAAAUGUGGCCCCCAAAUCGUGAACUUGCAUUUGUUCUUUUAAGCUUGGCAUUUUCAUUUGAUUUUUGUUUUUUUUUUUAUGCACAAAAUGUAAAUGUGUGGAUUUAUUUAUAAGUUGAUCAUUUUUGAUCAUGGUUUUCGAUUUGUUUAUAGAAACAGUUUUGGUGUAGAGAAGUUAAUUUUAUCAGUUGAGGUGCAGGCUCCUAUUCUGGUGCCUGCCAUCAUCAAAUGUUUGAAGGAACUAAUGGAUUGGUUAAAUUAGUUCUGUGAAUAUGAAGAACUUAUCAUUAAAAAGGGGCAAUGUUCUGAGUUGUUGAUGGAAAAAAAAUCACCUUUUACCUGUCAUUUUGCUUAAGAUUUGCAUUCUGUUGACGAUUUAUUUGGCACCAGGUGUUACAUAUUUCCUUUUCAUCUUAGCAUGGCUUACUUUCCACAAAAAAUGAUGUGGUUUAUUUAAUUGCUGUGCUUUCCAGGUUGAUUUUUUUGCUGUCCUGCAGAAAGGCUUCAUUGCAUCCAGUGUUUGAAUUUUUCUGCCUUAUUGUGGAUAUUUGAAAAACUUCUAUAGAAAACAUUUCGUUGCCGUUUCAUUUGAUUUCUGUGUGCCAAGUGAUCCUUUGAGACAGUACUGCAUCAUUAUUUGCACAUAAUGUACGGAUAGUGUUUCUUACUGCUGGGUAAAUUUCAGUCAUUUGAAAGACCUGUACACCUCAGUUCAAGACAAUAAAACAGUUAUGACCUUUUACGUGGUGUGACAGAUUU